CUGGCACACGGCGUGAGCUCUUCUCUCUCACAGAUGAACAAUUUCCAAAUUGGAGGAGCAGAGCGGCGUGUCAGAGAUGUUGUCCUGUCUUGUCUGGCUCUCCAUCCCCAACUUCAUUAACGCCUUUGCAACCCCAGGAAAGUUGCCCCUCAACGAGAGCCUGGAGAAGACUUUUGUAAUCCCAAAUAUCUCGGGUUUCUUUUCCUGGGAUAACGACAGCCUGGCUGACUGGCAGAGCUUUGUGGGCAGGAGCCGGUAUGGAGCGGAGUCGCAGAGCAUCACCGUGAAAGCCCUGCUCGUCGCGGCGUACUCCUUCAUCAUUGUCUUCUCCCUCUUUGGCAACAUCCUGGUCUGUCACGUUGUCAUCAAGACCAAGCGCAUGCACUCCGCCACCAGCUUGUUCAUUGUGAACCUGGCUGUAGCCGAUAUCAUGAUCACACUCCUCAACACACCUUUUACACUGGCUCGUUUUGUGAACAGUACCUGGAUAUUUGGGAAAGGGAUGUGCCAUGUCAGUAGGUUUGCACAGUACUGCUCCCUCCAUGUCUCUGCCUUGACCCUCACAGCCAUUGCCAUGGACAGGCACCAGGUUAUAAUGCAUCCUCUGAAACCUCGCAUAUCCACUGCAAAAGGUAUUAUCUACAUCUCUGUAAUCUGGAUCAUGGCAACUUGUUUUUCCCUACCACAUGCUAUCUACCAAAAACUCUUUACCUUUGAAUACAGUGAGGAGAUUACCCGGUGCCUGUGUCUGCCCGAUUUCCCUGAGCCCGCUGACCUCUUUUGGAAGUACCUCGACUUAACAACCUUCAUUUUGCUCUACGUCCUGCCCCUUCUGAUCAUCUCUGCUGCCUACAUGACAGUGGCCAAGAAACUCUGGCUGCGCAAUGUCAUCGGGGACGUCACCACUGAGCAGUACUUUGCUCUCCGCAAAAAGAAUAAGAAGACCAUAAAGAUGCUGAUGCUUGUUGUCAUCCUCUUCGCAGUCUGCUGGUUCCCCUUGAACUGCUACGUCGUCCUCCUCUCCAGCCAGACCAUCCACACCAACAAUGCCCUGUACUUUGCCUUUCACUGGUUCGCAAUGAGCAGCACUUGCUACAACCCCUUCAUCUACUGCUGGCUCAAUGACAGUUUCCGAUCAGAACUGAAGGCUUUGCUCAACAUGUGCAGGAAACCUCCCAAGACCACAGAACACAGGCUUCGCUCCACAGUCCCAUCCUACAGACUGGCUUGGACAGAAAACAGCAACUUCAAGAGGUUGCAGGCCUCUCAUGUCCUUCCAUCAGCCUCCAACAUCCAGUCAGGAAAGACAGACAUCUCUGCAGUUGAGCCGGUAGUAGCUGUGAGCUAAAUGGUGGCUCUGGAAAAUCUAUAAGGACCUUACAUAGGUUUGACUGGAUCUAAAAUGGUGGGGAUGUGUGGAGCCCUGGCCUACCUAGGGAUUGUGUAACCACAUGUGAUAAAACCCAGAGGGAGGUUCUGCAGGAGGUAGUACAAAAGAGCUGCAUCUUUGAUGCAGGCUGAUGGUAAUGGCAUGGAGCCACUAAAGGGGAGAAAGAGAACUCUUCCCAGGAAGGAGCUCUCUUUGUCUUUGUCGAGUUGAUUUUGGAUCGGCUUGCAGGACAGGAUUCUCUGCAUGUAUGUUGCUGUUGUCUGCGUGACUAAGAAUUUUUAUCACUGGGGUUCUGUGUGUGUUUUUCUGGUACUUAAACGCUAAAGCAACAGUCUAAUCACAUCA